AUGAAAGAGAGGAUUUCCAUGUUCGUGAUGAGUGUGUAUUUUUAUUUAUUUUUCUCUUUUUUUUUUGUGAAAAUGGCCUCUAUUUUCUAUUACAGUAGAAGGCUGUUUUUCAGCAGGUUUUUCAUGAAUAAUGAAUGAGUUGAACACACACUGAUGUAAUGGGGUUUACCUCUGUGCUCGGUCAGCACUGCGCGCUCCCGCUGAAAAGAGCCCCGCCACCGUCGCUCAACGUGAACGCGCCUCUCCAUGCGGUUUGAAUAAAGAAGAAAAAAAGCAGGAAAAUAAAUCAGCUGAUGAUGAAAAGACAUAAAGCUGUUCCAGGAGCGGAAAGUAGACACCGGGUUGAUUCCCUCCUCUGAACCCGGUCCAGGUGCAAAGGGUUCCGGUUCUCUGCUCAGCUGCUCCGCUCUUUGUCAGCCGGUUCACACACCGACAGACCCGGGCGGGUUUCACGGGUUCAUCACUGGAUAAAGCGGCUCUACCGGGGACACAUCGUUGUGUUUAACACUCUUAUGACCCGUGACGGUUUUUAUUGUCAUCGCUUUCCUGCUGAAUCUGCUGUUAAUGUUUAUUUGCUGCUGGAUUUGAUCACCUUUUGUCUGGCGGAAGAGGAGGCUGAUGCUGCGGUGAAGUCACACUGAGGAAGGAAGCACCGGAUCAGCAGGUUUCCUCCUGACUCCCCGGGUCUUUUGUGUGGAAUUGAUCUGUCAGUGCCGGACCGGUGUUUGAAAGGCCUGGGUGGUCCCGGUGUGUCCCGGGUUCAGGAGCACCAUGCCGGAGUGCGUGUCUGUGUCAGACUUCGUGCAGGAGGUCCAGGAGGACUGGAGCUCUCCCACCACCUCCUCCUUUACCUCCAAGAUGAUCAACUGCAGGAACACCGUCUACCUGCUGGAGGAGGUUUUGGACAGUGACCGCUUGGUGUUGCAGAAGAUGAAAAAAGCUGCUAAAGCCAAAUACGUCUCAGGACAAGACCAUGUCUCUCACCUGGAGCAGUACAUUAACUCAAUGGAGAAGCUGUCGGUGAACUGUCACUCAAACGGAGAGUCGGAGGUCGGCUCAGCCUUCUGCCGUCUGGCCGACUUCUCUAAAGAGCUCCUCUCUCCCAUGAAGAACCUGUUAAAGAGCAUGCUCCACAACAUCAACUUCUUCCUGGAUUCUCUGGUUAAAGGAGACCUGAGGGAGGUAAAGGGGGAUCUGAAGAAACCUUUUGACAAAGCAUGGAGGGACUAUGAGAGCAGAUUUAAACAGGUGGAGAAGGAGAAGAGGGAGUUGGCUCGUCAGUAUGGGAUGGUGAGGAACGAGGUCAGUGGAGGAGAGAUUGCAGAGGAACUCGAGAAGGAGAGACGUUCCUUCCAACUGAGCAUGUGUGAGUAUCUGAUUAAGGUCAACGAGAUAAAGACGAAGAGAGGCGUCGACCUCCUGCAGAACCUCAUCAAACACUACCACAGCCACAACAACUUCCUGCAGGAGUGUGUUUCCACCACUCAGAGGUUGAAGCAGUACAUGGAGGAGUUGAAUGGAGUCCUGAACACGGUGAAGCAGCGUCAGGAGGAAGAGAAAAAACAACUGGUCACCCUCAGAGAUCAGCUGAGGCCGGCCGUCAAUGCAGAGCAGGAAUCUUUACCUAAGCAGGUGUAUAGUAUGCAUCAGCUGCUCGGAGACAAACAGUAUGGGACAGAGAGGACAGGAUUUCUCUACAAAAAAAGUGACGGCUUGAGAAAAAUGUGGCAGAAGAGGAAAUGUUCAGUAAACAACUGUUACCUGACCAUCGCACAUGCCACUCCUAAUAAACCUCCUACCAGACUAAACCUGCUCACCUGUCAGGUUAAACCCAGUGUGGAGGACAAAAAGUGCUUUGACCUCAUCUCCCAUAAUCGGACCUACCAUUUCAUGGCAGAGGAGGAUGCCGAGUGUGUGGCCUGGAUCUCGGUGCUCAGUAACAGUAAGCAGGAGGCUCUGAAUGCGGCUCUGGACGGGGGAUUUAAAGGGGGAGGAGGAGGGGAGAGCAGCGUGGAGGAUCUGACGCGGGCCAUCACUGAAGACAUCCGGCGGAUGCCAGGAAACAACAGCUGCUGUGACUGCGGAGCUCCAGAUCCUGGAUGGCUCUCCACCAACCUGGGCAUCCUGACUUGUAUCGAGUGUUCAGGGAUCCACAGGGAGAUGGGGGUCCACGUCUCUAGGAUCCAGUCUCUGAGUCUGGACAGUCUGGGGACUUCAGACCUGUUGUUGGCCAGGAAUGUUGGUAACUCUGGUUUUAAUGAAAUACUGGAGGCAAACCUGCUGAGUCCAUCAAUGAAACCAUCCCAGGAAAGCCACAUGGGAGAGCGUAAAGACUUCAUCCUGUCAAAGUAUCAGGAAGGUUAUUUUGUGAGACGGAACCACUGCUCGAAUGCAGCGCAGCGGUUUGGCCUGCAGGAGGCGACAAAGAGCUGCGACAUCUACAGUCUGAUCCAGCUGCACGCCCAGAGGACCGAGCUGAGCCAGCCACUGCAUGCACACAUACAGGAGAGAGGGGAGACAGCGCUCCAUCUUGCCGUCCUAUUGGCUGACAGGACAUCGCUGCACAUCCUGGACUUCUUAGCUCAGAACUGCUCAAAUGUGGACGCACAGACGUCCGCAGGAAACACAGCGCUGCACUACAGCUGUCUGCACAACAAGAGUGACUGUGUGAGGCUGCUGCUGAGAGCCAGGGCCAACACACACACCAAGAACGAGUUAGGAGAGACCGCGCUGGAUGUGAGCCGCAGAUUGAAGCACGGCCACUGUGAGGCGCUGCUGCAGCAGGCCCAGUCCAACCAUUUCGACCAUCAUGUGAACGUUGAGUACGAGUGGAGGCUUCGUCAUGACGACCUCUACGACAGUGACGAUGACUUUGAAGACAGGAACGGUCCUGUGAAGAAGGAGCGCUCUUUCUCAUCCUCCUCCUUCACCUCCUCCUUUUCCUUCAACUCCCGGGCAUUCAGCUUCAGUCAGCCUGCCUCCUCUUCCAUCCCCCUGCCUUCCUCUGGAGGUUCAGGAGGAGCUGGAGGAGCUGGAGGGGCGGGAGGAUCGGGAGGAGGUCUGCUGAGCGUGGGGAGGAGACUCGCCAUGGCUAUGGAGCUUCACAGCCGGCCCUCUGGCUGCGCCUCCAGCCCCCCUCCGCCUCCUCCGUCCUCCCCUGCACCUCCGCUGCCCCCCCGAGUUAAAGCCCCCAACGUUCCUCCCCCUCCCCCUCCUGCUGGGGGAGAAGGAGCUGGGGAUGAAGAGGAGGAAGAGGGGGAAGUCUUCUUCUCGCUGACAGGAAACAGAAAGUCAACGCCCCCCCCUCCCAUCGCCGUCCGACACAAGAGGAGCUGCUCCGAGUCCAGCAAGCACGAUUACGGGUUGCCAACCAGCCCGAGGAUCUACAGCGGUCCAGACUCCUCCUUUAAGAAGUGUGUUCCAUCUUCUCCUCUCAGCUCGCUGACGGAACGACCAGAGAGAGGUUUUCGGAGGGCAGACAGUGACGGUAGCUCCUCCCACUUCCUGCACCCUGCCAGGAAAGCUCCGCCCAACGGCUCACCCACCAAUCAGCGCUCCCAGAGCUUUGAGAACGACAAACGUCCCGCCCCCCAGCCGCUUCCUCGCAGAUCAUUGCCUCGAGGUACAACGAGCCGCAGGGUGGAGGCGCUGUACGACUGCCAGGCCGACCACCAUGAUGAGCUGAGCUUCUUUGAGGGACAGGUGCUGGUGGUCCUGGGCAAAGAGGACAGUGAUUGGUGGCAUGGUUACAUAGAGGAUGAACCGGACCAGAGGGGUUUGUUCCCGUCCUCAUUCGUCCAGCUGCUCUCAGACUGACAUGGACCAAACGCACCAGAACCUGGACCCGUACAGAUCCAGUCUGCCUGGAGAACCAGAACAUGGAACCCCGGGAUACUGUCUCUCUGCUUCUUCCUUUACUGGACUGCUUCCUGUGAUGAUCAAUGGUCCAGGCACCGUUCAUGUUGUCACAGCAACCAGCAGCUUUUGUUGCCAUGGAGACAUUACAGUUGACCUUUUCUGUGAAGAAUCUGUAUGUAGCUCGGGUCAUGUGAUAAUGUCGCCAUGGAGACUGCCUCGCACAAACAGGUCAGCAACGAUUUAAGUGUAAUGAUGACCGUGCUAUUAUUUAUUUAUUUUUGUUAUAAAAUAAUAUUUUAUUAAGCACAUAGGUACUACACUUCAAAAUAAAUGAAUCCACUGGACUUUUAAUUUGAAGUGCAACUGAACGACUUCUUUCUGUUAUUUACUUAUUACUUAUUUAAUAUAUUCAUGGAGUGGUGCAGGCAUAAAUCCUACAAACAGUUCCAGUUCCCUCGUAAAAAAUUCAAUGGCUUUUUGCUUAGAUGCCUGAAGUAAGGCAUAUGGUUAGCACAAGCUAAAGAGUUUUUCACAUUUAUUUCUACAACCUAAAAUAAAUCACCCCGCUCUUGAAUGUCUGAAGCUUAAAUGUGUCUUAAAGAUGUCGGUUGGAUAAAUCCAGUUGGCUUUUUGCCGCAGGAGCUCUUGCGAUGCUAACUUCUUGGUGGGCUUACAAAAAUGUAUCACUGCACCCCUCCACGGUUAUUGAUCCUGUAAAGCUCUUCUGUCCCAUCUCAGGCUUUGCCACCUUUGUGGGGCAGAGCUUAAUAUGUCUGACAAGUGCAAGGGCAGUAUAUGAUGACAUAUGAUGAGAAUCAGGAGUGUUCUGCUAAAAUACAAUUAUUUGGUCUCUAGUGAAAACAAUGAAAAAAGUCAUAAUGACAGGACUCAACAUCUUGUACUGGAAACUGAGCAAAUGUUCAUUUUUAUCAUGGCGGCAGAAACAAACUGCCACUAGGACUUUAUAGACGUCUCCAUCUGUGUUUGAGUGUGCCAACAUGUACCUCCAGAGCCUUUGGAAGAACAAAAAACUCUUUCUUUUGUUUCCUUUAAUUCAAAGUAACAGCGGUGGGUUUACGUAGUUUUGAAAUAUCACAGUGCUUCUGCCUGCAACCACGAAUGAAUCAAUGAUCAGUAGGUUGUUUGUUAAAUGAAACUGAAAUGUCCUUUUGUCAAACAGUCACAGUUUAAACAUGAAGCGCUGAUUAAAGCUAUGAUAAGUGAACAUACAUCAUACAUCAUACAUCAUGAUUGGUUUAUUUGAUUUAAUCCGCACGUUCCUGCAUUCCUGGUGGAAAAAUCUAAAUUCCCAGACUGCAGGAAGACUAAUAAUAAGCACAACUUUGGAUUCAAAAACCUUCCAUCCGGAUGUGAAGUCCAGCUCAGGACACUGGAGGGCUGUUGCUCUGUCAUUUAGCGGCUGAAUGUCCUACAUAAAGUGGAUAAUUUCCCAGUUAACCAGCAGACAGUCUUUUUUACUUGGGGAACCAUCAAAGCGUUAAAUCUCUGCAAAAAACUAUUAAAACAAGCAGCAGAUGUUUCAGAUUAAAACACAGCUUGAGAUGACUCAGCAGAUGGGUUUUAAUAGACCAUUUAACUGCAGCCAAAGUGAACGUCAGAGCAAUAGCCUCCAGAUAAUAAUUCAGCAUUCAUGGUCAUAUAGAGGCCUCCGUCUGCUUCAAACCAAGAGCUUGUUGGAUCGUCUAAAAACUCCCUCUGCAACAGCUGCAUCUUACACAGACACAGAUAUUUUGGACGGCAUUCAAGGACGCAGUGAGAUGCUGCCAGGAGGAAUAUAUGAUGGCAGGAUUUUCACACCACAUAUCCUGGCCUUUAGACGUUGCAUCAACAAGUCAGUUUGAAGCAGACUGAGCUUUCCUACUGAAACGAUUUCACACUGGCAAGUUGGUCUGAAUCUGGAUACGGAGCGCCAGAAAAACUUCAUCCCAAUCCAUUACAUGGUCGGCCUGAGAGUGGUUGUGUAGUCAAGCAAUCUCUCUUAAAUAAUGUGCAAGUCAACAUCUGUCAAUUAAAAAAACAAAUAUAUGACAAAAUAUCUGUUAAUAACUUUUGUGCGAGCGAAAACAAGGUGAAAACACUAAUUUAAAAAGUGACCAUUGAUACCAACACGUAAAAGCUAAACGAUAACGUGGAAGACUGACACAUUUAUGAAUAUAUUAGUAACAGUCUGGUGUGUUUUCUGUCCAAAUUAUACUUUCUUUAUAUGCAUGACUGCUGGGUGCAAAUUCCUUAAAUAUUUUGCAUUUUAAGCUUAGAAUGUACACCAGAAACUGAAUGUUCCCCAUCAUGAAGAGCAAAAACACAGCUAAAAGAAACUGCAUCUGAAACUGAGUCAGAUUCAGACUUGAACUUUCCGAGUGUGAGAACGUUUCUUUUUUUAUUGUAAAAGAAGCCACAAACAUUCAUACGACUGUGAUUGCAUUUCAGCAACCGUUUUUUGUACAUUCACAGCACAGGUGUGACCGCUCUCUGCUGUCGUCUACCUUUAAACAGAAGGUCCAGCUGCUUCCUGCUGAACUGGUCUGUUUUUCUUCAUUCAUAUGGUUGGUGAUUUUUGGUUGGACUUACUUACAUUGCACUACUUCUCCCUCUCGUCCAUGCACCGCCCCUACACUGGUGCUGUUACUGAUUGUUUGACUUUGUUAGGUUUUGUUUAAUAAAUCUUUAGUUUAAAGUUU